AUGCUGUCAGCCUGUCACUCCAGUGCACAAUCUUCCCCGCGCCUCCGCGCUUGAUCUUCUUUUCAAUGUCGCGCUCGCCUCUCGGCUCCCUCACGCCAAUGGACCUGUCCACACCAACCCCACGAUCAAGUCUCGACAGCAAAUCUGUGGAGCCUAGAUAGGACGAUGUACACCCUCGGCAGGAAGACUCGCUCUAGGACCGGCUGCCGCACGUGUCGAGUCCGCAAGGUCAAAUGCGACGAGGAGAAACUAUCCGUCCCCGGCCAGAAGGAGCCGCAGUGCAGGCGCUGUGCCGCCGCCCAGAUCCUCUGCGAGUGGAAGGGUGGCCCCAUCCCACGCGGACCGGCCAAGGCCUCAUUGGCGAAGACGGUGGGCGUUCUCACUAGAUCCGUGAAACGCCCGGCCCAUGUCCCCCCGACCCCGUCGCCCACCGUGGCCUUAUCUCCGCCCGGAGGCUCAGAGACGAGAAUCCAGGCUGCUAAUUCCCUAGCGCUGUCGGUGUUCGACCGCUCCUGUCUAGGAUAUCUCCAGGAUUCCGCGCUGGUCGUCAUCCUGGGCAAGCAUUGGCCGUGGUCCACCGUCUCAUAUGCGUACCACAAGAUCGCCGUCAGGGAACCCAUGGUCAUGAGCAUGAUGCUGGCGACUACCUCUAGCGAGAUCAAUAGGUCGCGUCUCUAUGCCCGGGCGGAGGAAUCCUCGGUUCAGGACUUGUCCGACGUGGAUAGCCGGGUGCACUACGGUCGAGCCCUGUCUGGCCUCCGGGAGGCGCUGAAACCGGACGUGAAGUCCCCGGCAGAGAUCGAGGCGAUCUUUAUUACCUUGUGGAUGAUGAUCGACUACGAGAACCGGUUUGGGAGCGGCACUGCGGGAAUCAAUAUCCACAUCCGUGGCAUCGAAAGCCUGCUGUUCAACCAUGUCGUGCCCUCGCUCAAGCAAUUGGAACCUCCGCAAGCUGCCAUUACAGCUGGAGAUUUUAAACCGGCGGCCGGACCCAAGAACGAGAUGGGGAGCAAGGGGUUGGCCCUUCCGCCUGAACGACCGGGUGGCGGGGAGAUCUCAAAGAGCCGGCUUCGGAAUACAGCCGUCCCGCUAUUUCUGCUUUGGACGCUGUAUUUCUUUACGCCUGGCGCUCUGCUCUCUGGUCCUGGGGCUGCCAGGCUGGAUGCCGACCUGUUCAAGUUCUUCAUCCAGGAAGAAACGGAAAACGCGGGACUGAGUCUGGCGGAACUCUACCGCAUCGGCAGACAAUCGCCGUCCCGGUUCUGGGGGGAGUCGUACCCGGCGACUGCCCAGCUGGAUGAUCUGGAGAACCUGUCGGGGCUGACACUGUACCAUAGAAGCCAUGUGACACAGUUCAAGAUCACGGAGCUGUUUCGUCAGGGCUGUCCCUCGUGUCAGGGGAUCAUUGAUGAGCUCCUCAUGCUGUCUGAUGAAUACGAUACUCUACUGUCGUCAGCGAAAUCCGCACCGUCCUGCGACAUCGUCGGAGGCGGGCGUCGCGUGAUUGAAACCAUCUUUUGGGCAGCAAUCACCUACUACGGCACGAUAGUUUACUUCCACCUGUGCUUCAAGGAUCUUGCCAAGCAAAACCACCGGCCAGGACUGAUGUCUCUGGACGAAGCGGUGUCUCGCGUUCUGGAGCUGUCCUUGAAGCUCCAUCGCAGCCGUCCACACCUGAUGCUGCGGAUCACCUGGCCCCUGUUCAUCGCAGGCAUUGCCACACCCGACAGGAUCUACCAGGAUUGGGUAUCAAUCCGGCUGCAUGAGCUGGGUCGCUACGGGCUGAACUACGCCCGUGCCAGUACGCGCUUCGACGAGAUCAUCCAGGGAAGCGAUCCGUUUGCACAAGGCCAGAGGCCUUUAUGCACUUAAGAGUUGACGGGCUUGUGUGGUCAACGAGGAGAUCUGCGCCUGGUGUCACAUCUGGACACGAUACGAAGACAUCUGCACGACUUGUCAACCUCUUCUGGAUACGCAGGAUGGCCGAUUCCGCCUCAAAACGCAUGUCGGUAAUAACUAGCCUUGUGAAUGGCUCUAGCUGCUCUUUGCCGGCAUUAGCCAGACAACCUGCAAGAGAUUAAGGCGUACAUUGCGAAGUUUUUUCCGGUUAAAAUUACAUGCCUCGACAUUCACUUAUCUGACGCCCUGAUUUG